GUCAAAACAUAGAAAUUUCCAGGUGUCAUAUGUCAAUUUGAGUUCGGAAUAAAUCUGAUUUGUUUAUUGUGCUAAUAAAGCUCUCCGUAAUUACUAUUGUUUUCUACGCAAAAGAUAUAUAUAGUUGGAUGCAAUUGAAUUGAAAAAUAAUCGAAAUGGAUAUUUAUGGAUACGCGGCAUAUCAGUAUAAUCAGUCAGAUGAACUGGCGACGCAAAUGUUUGCUCAACAAGCUCUUGCUUCCUCAGUUCAAUAUCCUGAUUCCCAUCGUGGCUUACCAGGACAAGAAGCGCACACGAUGCCCGUCCCCACGGGAACACCGUGGAAUGUUCAAAGCCUACCAUGGAGCUUGCAAUCUCCUCCUAAUCUUGUUCACUUUACAGCUCAAAUGGAAAAACCACUCUUACAUUGUAAGAGAAAAAGUACAGAUUCUGAACCCGUAAUACCCCCAAAGCAAUUAAUAACAGAGGAAAAAAUGGCAGCCCAUUUCAAUAGUCUUCACAUAUCUGCUGAUUACACACAGCAUUCACUGGCAUCUGAAGAUGUUAUGGAACUAGCUGUAGACCCUGUAUCUAUAUCUGAAAGAUUAAAAGGACAUAGAAUUGUGCUCUCCGAGGAUGUUAAGAAGUUGAAAGAUGAGCCUUUGUUACCCCCAACACUAAUUGAAAGCAUUCAAAAACCCCAAAUGUCCCUAGUGGUUUGGCAGCCUCGUGAAGAAAUCAUUAAAGUUAAAACAGAAGACGAAAAAUCAGAACAAGAUGAAGAAUUCAAAAGAAGAAAUGGUGUUCUUGUUCCACCAGAACCAUCAGGAAUGGAUGUUGAAAUGUGAUCUUUGUUAGUUUUUGUAAUAUUAGGGACUGAUUUGUAUGGUAUAUUUUAGUCAUUAGUAGUAUAAGUAACAAACUAUUAUUAUUUUUUAAGUAUAAUUUUUGCCAUUAAAUGUUUAUGGUUGACUAUUGAUAUGCUUUUCUGAUCAAAAUUUCCAUUAAUAUAACAUGUUCUUUAGUGAUGCAAAAAUUUAAUCUAUAUGUGAUAAAUUUACAUUCAAGUUCUGCCACUGAAAGGUAAUUCUACAAUUGUAAUACUCAUAUAAAAUAAAUAUUAAAUGCAAUUUAAGUAUGUAAUUCACUUCUCUUGGUUUAUGAUAACAUUUGCAUUCAAAUUUUUUUUUUCAUUUAGCAGAUUAAAGUUUUAUUAUUAAAAUACAAUUGUGUAAUAUAAUAGUUUUUUUUAAAUUGUAUUACAAUGUAGAAAAUACCGCUUCAAAUAUCAACAUAAAAAGAACUAUAUUUAAAUAGGAUUCCUCUUACCUAGGGCAAAAUCUGAAACAUAAAAUACUGAAAACAUUCACGAUUUUGGCUAAUACUAGGAUACCUAUAAUUUUACAGCCUAGAUUAAAAUAGGUAGAAACUAUAUAAAUAACACCCAGUUUGCAUAACACUAUGAGUUUCAGAUUUUGCCAUACUUAAGACUCGGGAGAUAAAAAAUAAAAUAAUCUAUGAUAAUUGUACCCCUCUAUGAGUUGUCUGCAGUUUUCUAUGUUGAAAGUCAAUUAUUGUAUUAUUAAUAAUUUUCUAAUAAUGGUUUUGUCUUAAGAAAUUCUUACAAAAUUUAAAGUUUAAGUGUGUAAAUAAUGAUAACAAAUAAUUUGGUAAUCUUGUUAUAGGUAUGUAAGAUCCAUUUAUGCCUUAUUUUGGUCUUCUUUAAGUAA